AAAUCCCAAAGCAGAACCUUUAGCAGCUCAAAGCUAGCUGGCUAACAACCAAGAUGGAUUCCUUCGGUGAGGGCUUUGUUUUUGUUUGGGUUUCCUCGCCGUAAAAGACGAAGAAAUGACUUUCGAGGUCUUGUAAACGCACAUUUUUUGGGGAUAUCGGUUCGGAAAGAGUUCCGGAGUUUAACAAACUGCGAAGUGGCAGUAUAUGUUGACCAGUUAACCAGUAGUAACGUUAGCUGGCUCCCCCGGACUUAACUGCUCCCGGGCUCUCUUAUAUAAACGCGGCCGAUCCGCUGUGACUUCUUGGAGAAACGAUGAGCUUGUGGGUCUGUGGCUAGCAUUUAUCCGCUCUAUAUGGGACUUCUCAGGCUCGAAACUUUACCUUUAUUGCGGAUAUUUACCAUCGUAACUACGAGUUAGCACGAUCCAUGGAAAUUAAGCUGCUUAUUUACUUAGCUCUUUGGAUUUUACCCACCGGUUCGUACCUAAACAUGCCGUAGAUUCAUUUUGUGUUUUUCUUUUUUCUUCUUUCUUCUUCUAAAGAAGUUUCUGUCUUUAGACGGGACAUAAAUAAAACUACCUCCGCUAUGUAAAGGGAGCGCUGAGGUCCCCGAUACGCUGAAAGUUUGUGUAAUAAAUAACCCCGACCUUCAACCUCCAGGUGUUUGCAGUGAAUCUACAUCAGAUACUGGGACUUAUCGGGGACCAGCCAUGCUACACAGGCGCCCCGUUUUAUCUGGGUUGAGGUCUUAUGCAUCGGACUUAUGGCCAUCACUGAGAGUUGGACACAACUGGAAGUCUGGGUUGACAUUUAAAAACGCAAAAGAUGGUGUGCAUUAACUCGGGGGAAUUAUUUCUUGUGGUGGAGAGUUUGUGUGCUUGUGCCAUGUUCUCAGUGACUCUUAUAGUCUUCUAAGCGUCUGAUUUUCCAGUCGGGAGAAGAAGAUGGAGACCGGACUAAGGUCUCACCAGGGCGAAGUGUUCGUCCACUCGCUCUCCAAUCCCGGAGCUGCGGGGAUCUGCCCUGAAAUGUUGGAGGUAGCAGAAGAGGCCAGCCGGGCCGGGGACUUCAACUUGGCCGUGGAGAUCUAUAGCUCCCAACUCGCAGAUCUCCAGCAGCCUGACAGGGGCUUGUGUUUGAGGAAGGCCGACUCGCUAUCCCGUGCUGGCCGGAUAUCUGAAGCGCUGGACUCGUACUGUACAGCGGCCAACCUUGGCAAGCUACGCCCGGAGGAGCUUCAACUCCUGGUGGAAACCAUCGCUCGAACUCUGCGUGAGAAAGAGCUGGGCAUCCACGCCACGGUAAACGGGAGCAGUAAACGCAGCAGUGGGGAAGACGGGUUUCAAAGUAGUGGGGAGUGUGAGGAUGAAGAAGCCCUGGACUUGUUUUCCUGUCGUCUCUGCAAGUGUUUGCUCCACGAGCCCACAACGGUGGAGUGUGGACACACUUUCUGCAAACGCUGCACGGAUGACGACUCUGUCACAAACUGUGUACACUGCAAACAAAAUCUGAGCAGGAAAGAAGGACUGCCGAACGGCCGGAGAAUAAACGUUGUACUCAGUGGCCUCUUGGACAAACUGUUUGCAACUGAGAGUAAAGCUAGGAAAUUAUGGAUCGAAGGAGAGGAUUCGUGGAAAAAGCAGAAUCUUUCAGAGGCUCUGGAGAAGUACAACGGAGCAGUGGAUCUAGUGCCCUCUUCAGGCAGACUGUUGCAUCAGCGGGCUGAGUUGCACCUGGAGAUGCAGAAUUUCAGCCAGGCAGUGCAGGAUGCCAGCAGCCUCUGCAGGCUAAAAACCCUGUGGACAGAGGCUCACUAUCUGAAAGCUACAGCACUGAGUAAAGCAGGCCGGAACGAUGAGGCCUUACAAGAGUAUUUCCUGUGUGUGGCACUAAAGCCCGACUGGGCCAAAGUGAAACUGGAGGCUCAGAAGGUUCUGGGCGAGCUGUUCUCCUCUGUAUUUGAGAACGAGGAUCUUCCAACGCCGUUGCACCCUCUGCAGGGAGGCCUGGCUACGCGUCUCAUCAAACCUCCUGCCUUGCUCAGUUCAUUGAGGCCACUCCCACAGAAACCAGGCUCAUCCUCCUCACAGGACUCAGAGUUCACUGUGACUAAAAGCCCUCCAGUGGACGACUCAUCCUCCAGACUCUGUGCUCUGUCUGCUGGUAAAUCGGACCCUUCUCCAGGGGAGGGCAGCACUAAGAGCCUGGCUGAUGUUUUGGCUGCACUACCAGCACCCCCUGGUGGCCUUAAGAGGAAACACAAGAGUGAUGGACCUUCAGCAACCUUCAGCCCUCCCUCUAAACUUCUCAGAGCUGAUGAGGCAGAGACCUGUCAGACGACUGCUGCUUGUGGCGGGAGAUCAGUUCCUGCUGAGCUGUUGGACAGUGGAGACCUGGAGUGUUCACUCUGCAUGAGAUUGUUUUACGAGCCUGUGGCCACUCCCUGUGGACACACCUUCUGCCUCAAAUGUCUGGAACGCUGUCUGGACCACAACCCCAACUGUCCUCUGUGCAAGGAGAAUCUGUCUGAGUAUCUAGCUAGCAGGGGUUACAACAAGACCCUGCUGAUGGAGGAAGUCCUGCAGCGUUACCUAGGAGAUGAGCUGGCAGAGAGGAAGAAAAUCCAUGAAGAGGAGAUGAAGGAGCUGUCCAAUUUAAACCAGGAAGUGCCCAUCUUUGUGUGUACCAUGGCCUUCCCCACCAUCCCCUGCCCUCUGCACGUAUUUGAGCCACGCUACCGCCUGAUGAUUCGCCGCUCAAUGGAAACUGGUACCAAGCAGUUUGGCAUGUGCAUCACUGAUGAGCUCAAAGGCUUUGCUGACUAUGGCUGUAUGCUGCAGGUGAGAGAUGUGAAGUUCUUUCCCGAUGGCCGUUCAGUGGUUGACACCAUUGGCGUGUCACGGUUCAAGGUCCUCAGCCAUGGCCAGAGAGAUGGUUACAACACUGCUAAGAUUGAGUACCUGGAAGACAAGAAGGUGGAGGGGGAAGAGCUGACAGAGCUUCUGAAGCUGCACGACUCGGUGUAUGAUCAGGCCAACGGCUGGUUCACAUCUCUGAAAGACAACAUGAAGAGUCAGAUACUCAGCCACUUUGGACACCUUCCCAGCAAAGACCCGGACCCACAGGCCAGUCCCAGUGGUCCAGCCUGGUCCUGGUGGCUGCUCGCUGUUCUUCCCUUGGAAAACCGUGCCCAGCUCACAAUCCUGGCCAUGACCUCCCUCAAGGAUCGCCUCAUUGCCGUCCGAAGAGUCCUCAUCUUUGUCACUCGCAAGAGGCCACGGUGAUGGAGGAGCUGCUUGGAAGAACCGCUCUGGCAUCUAUGCAGUUCAGAAACGUGUUCGGUCAUUCGUCCGUUCGUCGGGUCUCUUCUUGACUGGUUCAUUCACUUUGUACAUGUGUUUACUCGUUCAUUCUCUCGUCUACUCCUGCGUCAAUUUACUCUCAGAUGCUCAUUCCUGUGUCACAUAGCCUUCCUGAACGCCCGUGUCAGUUCUGCUGAGAGCAUCAGCUGGGUCACAGCACUGGCAUGAGGGUGUUCCUGCUUUCUCUUUCUUCAUCCAGCAUCUCCCAACCAGCUUCACUACUCACGAGUGACCCAGACCACAACACACUUCUAAACCAGUGAUAUUUGACGUGGCGUUCUCAGUCUUGUUGGAGGAAAAAUCGAUCGGGCUGAGCAGGGAUGCUUUCAUUAGGGUCAAGACGGGCUCUCUCUAUGAAGGAACAAAAACCUGUUCUCACAUAAGCAGUGUGAUCAGGUUCAAGAGGAAUUUUUCCUACACAUUUUAAGCAGUGUUUAACAAAAUGGGAACACAGCUGUGCAGUCUUCAGGAUUCACAACUGGGAACCAAAAAACGGAAGAAACCCCAGUGAUGUGACAGAAUCGGCUUUCUGUGGGUUUUUUUUUUUUUAUAUUAUACAGAUUUCAUCUGGCUUGCUUGUGACAUUUAGGAAAACACUCCUACAAUGCAGUAUUUAUCAUGAAAGGUGUAGCUUAUUUUCUAAUGAAGACAGCAUGGUGGACUAGGAACAACUCGGGCAGACCAACACCCUGAAAAAGCAUCAUAAAGCAGGAGAGACAAAUCCACACUUCCUCUCAGAGCUUUCAGAAUAAAAGCAGUGUGUCUUAUAUUUAUAAUUUGGCCGUUUACCCUGGAGUUAAAUUACUCUGGAGUCAGAUUCAGGGUUGUGAUUCCAUCCACCCUUCAAUAAAAAGACAGAUACGGGGGUUUCUGCCAGGUUGCCCGGCCCACUUGGUAAGGAUUUAAAAAAGCAAAAAAAAGAUGUCCAGUAAGCGGACAAGCAGCUGAUGCCUCGCUUGAAAUCUUCCUGAGCCGAAACUUGUGCAUAAGCAUCAGUACCUCAGAUUGUGUGAAAGGAAGGAAUGAAUGCCAUGAAAGCCUUUGUGUUGAGAUUGUGAUUUCACUCAUGCUAACACUAAAAACCACCACAGACUACAGUGUGUACGAUCAAGUGCAACUCUACAUCUGCACUACUCGUUCUGAAGAGCGAUUGAGCGUAAGACUAAAGCUUAAACCUCCAUCACUCAAGUUGUGCUAGUGUUUAGGAAAGAGCAGAUAACAAUGCAUCCUGAUAAUGUUGAUCUGGAUAUUUUUUAAUUAUUUUUUUUUUUUUAAAUGUCCUAAAUGUAGCAUAUCUUUGGGACUUCAAGUACAGAUGUAGUUAUAGGGGCUGAUUGUGUAUUUUUGUUUGUUUCUCUCCCUCUGCUAUGCCCUUAGGUGUACGUAUAUGUUCAAAAUUUAAUUUGGGUGAAUUUCUGUGUGUAUAAAUGUAACUCUGAGGCCUUUUUAAUGUUUUAUUUAAGGAACGUUUCAACAACCUUUCUCUCUCAUCCUCUUCCUGUUCAUUUACAUGCACACUGUAAUGCAAUUCCUGGAUUUUUCUAAUGAGCUGUUGGAUAUGUUGAUAUGAAGUCACCCAAGCACUUUAUAUGUAUCUCUGAUGCCUGACAGACAUGCCAAUGUGAACAUUUGCAAAGAGUUUAUUUUUUUCUUCUUUUGUAAACGUUUUUGCUGCUACAGAUCUGUUUCUGUUGGCACUUGACAUCAACAGUUGUUGAUUUGAAAAUCCUGAAAUCGGCGCACAAUAAUGAUCCUAUAAGCCAAAUUUUCAUAAUGUAUAAAGUUUUUUGUUUUGUUUGUGUUUUUUUUGUUUGUUUUGUUUUUAAAUUGGCCUUGAAUUUCUUUGUAUCUGGUUGUUAAAUUUGGGUUUAUACCCACAAUUUCAAGCUCUCACAGUGUCUGUUAGCAAUAACAUAUGAAGCGUGCCAAAAAGGGGGGAAGAAAACGAGAGCAAUGGAGGUUUUUAAAAAUUCACGACAUAAUUUUGCACGUGUGGAUUUUCUUAGUGAGAAAAUGAAUGUAAAUGAGAAAAUUCUACUUAAAUGUCUGAAAGGAGAUUUCUAUAUAUUUAUCCUACGGAUGGAAUUCAGCAGUUCUCAAUAAUAAAGAGCGUUCUGUGUCUCUUUAUGCAGACUUUUAAGCAGAUUAGGUCGUGGCUAUAAUUGCAUUGUCAGUGUGCAUAUAAAUGCAUAUUCUCUCUGUGUUGCUGUUUCCUUUUCAAAUGUUUGUGACUCCACUGCAGUCACGUGCUCUCUGCAUGGGAGCAGUGUUCACAAUGUGCUGCAUUUCCCUGGCGUAUUUGUAAAGGGAGCUCUUAUACCUAUUUUUUAUUGCAAAUAAAGGAAAGCACAUUCA